UCCUUCAUUCCUCCAGACACCACUACAAUCAAGAGAUGGAAAGAGUUUCACUGAAGCUAGCUUGCUUCCUAGUGCUUUUCAUGGCGACAUUAUCUUUGUUGCCAUCAAGUUUGAUGGCAAAAAUGUCUAUAGGACCAAACAAGCUUCAAACGUUCAUGACUGGGCAGCUCUGCAAAUCUCACAGUGACUGCAGAAGCAAUAGUGCUUACCCUGGCAACUUCUGUAUGAACAAGAAUUCUGGAUCUGGAAUUGGUCAUUGUGUUGGAUUUCAAUCCACUCUGGCUCUGCCAUCAGAAACGAAGGACGAGGAAGGCAAGCCAAGAGUUGGCUGUGGACAGUGUGACUCUGACGAAGAUUGUCGAGAUUGUAGCACACUUGCUUAUUGUUAUUAUGAAGUAUCUUUGCUUAUAGGCUUUUGUGCGUGAUUAUUAUUAUUAUAUCCGUCACAAUAAUAUUCCCAUUUCCUCAAUAAUUAAAUUAAAUAGGGUUGCACCUUUGUUUAUGUAAUAUGUAUUGCAUGCAUGUUAAAUACUUAAAUCUCUCUUAAUAAAAUGUUAGAUAUUUAUAUAUAUUGCUAGCUAUCCACUAGCCAGUGAGUAUUUCAGUA